GACGCAUGCUUUUACUCCCGUUACAGAUCUGUAAGAGUUAGAAAAACCUGCACACACCAGAUAUGGCUGCUGCUGCUGCUGCUGCUUGUAGUCUAAUGGCUGAGGAGAAUUUUCUGUGUUCCAUCUGUCUGGAUGUGUUCAAUAAACCGGCUUCGAUUCCCUGUGGGCACAACUUCUGUCUGGACUGCAUCACAGAACACUGGGGCAAUAGCGCCACUGUAUUUCGGUGUCCAAUAUGUAACGAGAAUUUCCUCAGUAGGCCUAUGCUUCGGGUUAACACUUUCAUUGCUGAGAUCGCUGCAAAGUUCAAGGCAGCUGUUCAAGACAAAUCUUGCGGUACCCCUGAGGAAGAAGGAAAUGGAGAGGUGCUCUGUGACACGUGCACAGGGGCCAAGCUCCCAGCCGUCAAGUCCUGCUUAGUGUGUUUCUCCUCUUACUGUGAUGCACACCUGGAGCGUCAUCGGAGAAUUCCGGCCAUGACAAAACACAAGCUCAUCCACCCGGCUGACAACCUGGAGAGCAGGAUGUGCGAGAAGCAUCACGAGCCUUUUGAGUCAUUUUGCAGGGUGGAUCAAAUGCUUCUAUGCGAGUCCUGUGAAAGACGUGAACAUAAAAGCCAUAAGACGGUGAGUUUGGAUGAGGAGGCUCAAUUGAGGAAGACCCAGCUGGGAAUGGAGAAGAAACGCACAGAUGAGAUGAUCCAGGUGCAUCAGCAGAAAAUUCAUGACAUUGAACUCUCAGUGGAGGACAGCAGAAAGAAUGCAGCAACGGUGCAGUUGAACAACGCGCGUGUGAUGACUGCUGUGGUGGACUACAUCAGGAGAAGCCAAGCUGAGCUCACAGAGGUGAUUGAGAUGAAGCAAAAAAAAAUUGAGAGAGAGACAAAAGGCUUUGUUGAAGAACUGGAGGGAGAAAUUGUGCAAAUAAAACAGAAAAGAGUGCAGCUUAAUCAGGUGUCACUCAGCAAUGACGCCUUCACGUUCCUCGAGAGUUUCCUGGCUCUGACAAUCACUCCGCCCCAAGUUAAGGACUGGUCUAAUGUGACCUUUAACAGUGACAAGUUCACUGUGCAGGAAGCUUUGGCCACGCUGGAGACAACAGUGCGGAAAGAAAUAAGGUCGCUGUGUGAUCCUGACUUGAAAGAAAUGCAGCAACAUGCAGUGGAUGUGACUCUGGAUCCUGACACAGCAAACCCUCAGCUCAGUGUUUCUCCGGAUGGGAAACAAGUCACGCACGAGGACAGGAAGAGGAAUCCCCCAAACACACCUGAGAGGUUUGAAAAUGUCCUUAACGUCCUCGCGAAGGAGGGUUUCUCCUGUGGAAAGUUCUACUAUGAGGUCCAGGUUAAAGACAAAACAAGCUGGGAUUUGGGAGUCGCAAACCAGUCCAUCAACAGAAAGGGUGAUAUAAGACUGAGCCCCAAGAAUGGAUACUGGACUAUUUGGCUGAGAAAAGGAAAUGAGCUUACAGCCAAUGCCGGCCCUGCCGUUAACCUCAAUGUGCAGGAGAUGCCUCAAAAGAUCGGGGUGUUUGUUGAUUAUGAGGCGGGUCAAGUGUCCUUCUAUGACGUGGACACCAGGGCUUGCAUCUUCUCCUUCACUGGAUGCACCUUCACCGAGAAGGUCUUUCCGUUCUUCAGCCCCUGUGCCAACGACAGCGGCAAAAAUUCAGCCCCCUUGAUCGUCACUCCUGUCAAACGCAACAGCUGAGUUCCUGUUUUGUUUUUCUGUGUCUCUGAAAGAAAAGGAGACAGGGCGAGGGCGAGGGACUUGGAGAGAGAUCACAAUGGUGGAGCACUGAAAGGUGUUUAUCUGUGAAACUCCAGCGUGUCAUUCUGUUACUCUCAUCCAUCAGUGUCAGCGCCGUGUGUCACUCUGUGUCGCCAGUCACACAGACGGCUGUAGAUCUCCGACUGAAUCCACGUGCAGCCAUCAGGACAUUCACCACACACACUCACACACACAUGCACAGUGACGCAGUCAUACAUCUCCCUGGGUUACAAAAAGAAAUCUUUAUGACUUGGCCAUUAAUUUUGAUACUCCAAAGCUGCUCCUGCCUGCCAACAUACCAAAGAUGGGUGACAUUUACAAAUAUUUUAUUGCACUUGUUUAGCGCUGCUUGGAGUGCCACACAUAAAGACUGUUUACUUAUGAUAUGAUGAAUGGUACCUUUAACUGGUUGAAUUAUCAUUGUGUUUAAAAAAAAAUAGAUCUUUAUGGGAUACAGACAGCAUAUCCCAAGGUGACCCCCACUACAACACCAGCAAUGGAAAAUAAAUCAGCACUUUCUCUUUCCUAUUAAAACCAUUCAGAAAAUAUUAAAAGAAAUCAAGGACUCCUAUUAAUCCGUUCUUCUAAUGUGGCUCUAGAUGACAAUUACUUUUCUGCGCCAAUUAAUGUUAUUGAGUUAAAUGUGUAGUUAUUGAAUGGAUCCGUCACAACACUGGAGCCUGACUGGUACAUAAUGCCAUGUCCUCUAAUUAAAAUCAGCCAGACCUGCUUUCCAAGUUCAAAUGCAGCAAAUCAGUGUGAUUAUGAGAGCUUUAACCAACUGUUUAUUGAGCAAAGCCAGUUAAAGUCUGUUUGUUUGUUUGUUUGUUUGUCAGUGGGUAGCAUUUAAUUCUGUUUCUGUUUUUAGAGUUGUGUGUAUGAGUUUUUUUUUAGGUCUGUUCUCCCAAGAAGAACGACAGCACCAGUUGUGUCAGCAAGUGCCUCCGCAGUGCCAAAGAACUCCAGAGACAGUACUAAUUAUGGCGGGAGUAAAAGAGGAAGUCUAUUAAUGCCGAUUUUUUUUUUUUAACUAUGAUUGUUCAUACACCUUAAAGAGUAACUAAAACUCAGAGUUUUGGUUGAAAUGCCUCAACCCUGGAAAUUGAAAUGUCUCUAAACUGUGAGGGGCUAAGACACAACCAGUCACAACUUCCUGCAGUGAGCGCAGCUACACUGAGAAUAUGUUUCACACAAUUUAAGAUGUUUAUUUUAUUUUCCAAAUGUAAUAGGAUAGUUUAGGGAGUUGUUCGGUUUGUAAUGUGUACCGAACCAAAGCCUCGUACCCAAUGGUUCGAUACAAAUGUGUGUAUUGUUACACCCCUACCAUCUACCCUUAUACAUUGGUUUUCAGCUGAAAAAGUGAUUUGGGGGUUUAGUUACUCUUUAAUCAUGUGUUUAUUACUGUAACCAAGACAACUAAGGUCUCCUAACCAAGCUUUGCCAAAUUACUUUGGGCCUAAACCUUACUAAACCUUAAUUUAACACUGAUCUGUAAUAGUUUCAGAGUCACUUGUGUGUGUAUGAUUUGUCGUAUGUGUGAAGUCACCACGGUUUUGAUUUUCACAGACGAAUUACGUUGUCCCGAUAGAGGACACAAUGUCAUUUUAUGUGCAAGUCUUGUUUUUCUGUUUUGUUUUGCUUUUAUUUUUGUCAUGAUGCUAGUCUCUUGAGCAUGUGUCUCUUAAAUGAGGUUGUUAUAAUCUCAUCUACACAUAAAGUAGCUGAAGAGCUUUCGGAGGCAGAUUAGAGGCGGUCAGAUUGGCCCGCUGAAUGUUGCACUAUUAGGAUGCCAGAGCUGAGAGACCCCACACUGGGAAAAUGAGUGUGUGGAGUUCUUGGAUAAAAACCUGGUAUUGCAUCUCAAUAAUGUCUAAAAACAACAAACACCAGUUUCCCUUCAAUGAUUGUGCAUUUUAGUAAUAAGUAAGGGAGGUAAAUAACAAUGUCAAAUCAAAGCGGACCAUGUAAUCUGGUUGGGAGUU